AUGCUCUGGCGUGACCUGAAGGCAUGGCAGGUCUACGGCGCCAACACAGAUGUCGGCAAGACGAUUGUCUCAACGAUACUGUGUCGGGCUCUUCGACGGCGAGCAUCUUCUCAAGGCCUUCUAUACCUGAAACCAGUCUCGACCGGCCCUCAGACCGAAGCAGAUGACAGGCAUAUAACACGAUUUGUGCCGGGAGUAAUCUCGAAAUGCAUCUCGGAGUUCUCACAGCCAUUGAGUCCACACUUGGCUGCUCAGCGGGACGGAAAUAGUUCGAUACCAACAUCCGACAAAUCAAUAAUAGCACGAAUCAAAGAUGCUCUUGCGAAGCAUAGUCAAGCAGGAGGGAGAUAUGCUGUGCUGGAAACCGCUGGAGGUGUCCUCUCUCCAGGACCGUCUGGCUCGGUCCAAGCCGAUCUGUACCGACCAUUGAGACUUCCAACCCUUCUCAUUGGAGAGAGCAAGCUCGGUGGCAUAGGUACAACCAUUUCUGCCUUUGAAUCGUUGUACCUGCGAGGCUAUGACAUCGACUCGGUCGUUCUGUUCGAUGAUCCGAAAUGGGGAAACUACGGAUAUCUCGAGAAACACUUCUUGAAGCAUGAUAUCCCAACACUGGCUCUACCCAUGCCACCUGCCAGACGGAAGAAUCCCAAAGAUGAUGAGUUGGCGCUUUCAGACUACUAUCAAGAAUGUUCUGAGUCUACAGAGAUCAUCGGUCUGAUCGACCUCUUGCAGCAAAAACAUUUCUCUCGGAUCUCAAAGCUCACAUCGAUGCCUUCCCAAGCUGAUGCAGUGAUAUGGCAUCCCUUUCGCCAACAUGGCAUAUCACAUAACAUUAUUGCCAUUGACUCGGCAUAUGGCGACAAUUUCCAAGCUUACAACCAAGAGGCCGAUCCUGCACUGAGUACGCCGCCGCCAUCGCCUUCGGGACUCACACCGCUUGCAUCCCCAACCCCAGCCCAGCCCCUGUUGACGUCUCUAUUCGACGCAUCCGCAUCAUGGUGGACUCAAGGCCUCGGCCACGGCAACCCCAACGUCGCGCUCACGGCUGCCCAUGCCGCCGGUCGCUACGGCCACGUCAUGUUCGCACACGCGGUGCACGAACCGGCCCUCGACAUCUCCUAUAACCUUCUGUCAUCUCUCCAAAAUCCACGUCUCAGCCGUGUCUUCUUCACCGACAACGGCAGCACCGGCAUGGAAGUUGCCGUCAAGAUGGCUCUCAGAGCCUCCUGCCAACGAUACGGCUGGAGUAAAGAUGACGGCAAGAGCCCUGUUGCCAUCCUGGGCUUGAAAGGCAGCUAUCACGGGGACACGAUCGGUGUCAUGAACUGCUCUGAGCCCAGCGUCUUCAAUGAAAAAGUCGACUGGCAUCAGCCUUGGGGUCAUUGGUUCGAACCACCUUCGCUUCUCAUGCGGAAUGGCAUAUGGGAAGUCUCGGUCCCCGACGAAGUGCAAACUACAUCUCCAUCCGAGAGAAUCCAGAAAUUUGAUUCUUUAGAUUCCAUUUUCGACUUUGAGUCUCGUCGCGAUGACGCUGCACGAUAUGAAGCACACAUCAAAACCACUCUCGACACUUUGGUUCGCGGUCAAGGCCGGCGUUUCGGAGCUUUGAUUCUAGAACCCCUUCUCAUGGGUGCAGGAGGUAUGGUCUUCGUCGACCCGCUGUUUCAGCGGAUGUUGAUCAAAGUCAUCAGAUCAAACCCUCAACUAAUGGGGGUGAAUACGUUGACUUCUGGCCAUAACAGUGAGACCAGCACGUCCUCCUGGUCAGGCCUACCCGUAAUCGCCGACGAAGUUUUCACUGGCCUCUAUCGACUGGGACGCGUCAGCUCAUCAUCCUUUCUCUCGUCUCCCGCAGAUUUCACCUCUAGACCUCGACCCGGACCCCAGCCAUCGCUCCCCAGCGCGAUCGCGCCCGACAUCUCCGUGCACGCGAAACUACUGACAGCCGGCUUGCUUCCUCUCGCCAUCACAACGGCCAGCGAAUCCAUCUUCCAGACAUUCCUGUCGUCGUCGAAGACCGACGCCCUGCUUCAUGGCCACAGCUACACGGCUCACCCGAUCGGCUGCAUGGUUGCCCACAAGGCCCUGAAUGAAUACCGCCGAAUGGACACGGAUGGAACCUGGGACAGAUUUAAGCAAUCCUGGAUCUCACCUUCAACGCUGACUUCAUUCACUCUAGCGUCCUCUCCGGCACCUUCGUCUUCAUCGAACGUCUACUCCUUCUUCCCUCCCUCGCUCCUAAGAGCGCUUUCGCAUCAUCCGCGUCUCAACGGGUGUUUCGCACUCGGCACCGUGCUAGUGCUUAAAGUCGUCUCCGAGGGAUCCGGGUAUACCUCGACGGCGUCGUCCUCAUUGCAAUCACGACUCCUGACCCUGCUUGAUUCGGACGGCUGUGGAAUUCAUUCUAGAGUGCUGGGCGAUGUCAUUUACUUCAUGACGAGUUUGACUACGGCCGAGGAGCAGGUUGAUAAGUUAGGCGAGACAUUAUUGCGUGCUUUGGACAUGGAAUGA